UAAGCUUAUAAAACAUCCAACAUUCUAAUUGCCCGGUACCAAUUCAUUGCAGAAAUAUUACUAUCCCAGUACUCACCAUGAGUUUCUCCAGCAAAUCACGAUUACAUUCUCUUCCUGCUGGAAAUUCUUGGGGAUUAAACUCAGGCUUUGAGGAAAGAUGGGUCAGUCAAAUUCGUCAAUCCUUUGAUGAAGAAGAGCAUGAGGAAGACAUAGGAAAUCCAGCAUGCAUAUGCACUGUCCCUAAGUCUCUUAUGGCCCAUCCUGAUUCCUAUACUCCACAGGAAGUUGCAAUUGGUCCAUACCAUCACUGGCGCCAAGAGCUGUAUGUGAUGGAGAGGUACAAGAUUGCUGCAGCCAAAAAAGCUCAAAAACAGCUCCAAAGCCUCAAGUUUCACCAUCUCGUUGAGAAAUUGACCAAGUACGAGCGAAAGACCCGGGCGUACUACCACAAAUACCUCAAUUUCAACAGUGAAACAUUUGCUUGGAUGAUGGCCAUCGACGUCUCCUUCCUGCUGGAGGUCCUCCGAGUAUAUACCGUCAGUGAAGAAAAGAGUGUCUCAAGGGUUUCCUCAAAGUUGUCAUGUUUGGUAAUGGUAGAUUAUGAGGGAAGGAUGUCAGCACAUAAUGCCAUUCUGAGAGACAUAUUAAUGCUUGAGAAUCAGAUACCUCUAUUUCUUUUGAGAAAGAUGUUGGAACUUCAAUCUUCAGCUCUGGAACCAGCAGAUCAGUUGUUGCUUUCUAUGUUGCUGGGACUGUAUGAAGAUCUUUCUCCUUUCAAGGUGACAGAAGUGGUGGAACUUCAAGUGUCAGUCUCGGAAUGCUUUCAUUUGGUUGAUUUUCUGUACAGAAUGAUUACUCCAAAGUUGACUGACCCAUUGGAGAUAUUGGAAAAUAAUCAAAAUCAAAAGGAACCCGUCAAAGAAAAUGUUGAAAACGCAAACGCCUUUAAGCACUUUUGCUGCUCCUUAAGUAGACUGGGAAGUGAAAUUUGGAAGAUUCUCUCAAAGUUUAACAAAGGUCCGGUACAUUUAUUUAGAAGAAUAGUUUGUUCUAGACCCUUACAAGUGAUCUUCAAACUGCCAUGGACAAUCAUCUCUAAACUUCCUGGAAUUGUGAUUCUGAUGAAGCCUCUCGAACACCUAUUUUCACUGGGAAAAGGUGAAGAAGAAAAUGAUCUAGAAAAGGGGAGUUCAAGGAAAGUUGGGAAAGUUAAACUUCCUUUGUUGGAGGAAAUAGCAAUUCCUUCAGUGUCCGAGCUGACAAAAUCGGGUGUUUGUUUCUCACCCAUCGAUGGAGGCGUCUCAGCUGUGGCCUUCAACUCAAAGGCAGCGAUAUUAUACCUUACUACCAUUAAUCUCGAUGUGAACUCUGAAGUAGUAUUGAGAAACUUAGCAGCAUAUGAAGCUUCAAAACCAUCAGGGCCUUUGGUUUUCACCCGUUUCAUUGAACUAGUGAACGGCAUCAUCGAUUCUGAGGAGGACGUGAGAUUGCUGAAGGAAAAAGGAAUCAUUCUUAACCAUUUGAAUAGUGAUGCAGAAGUCGCCGAGCUCUGGAACGGGAUGAGCAAAUCCAUCAAGUUGACGAAAGUGCCAUUCUUGGAUAAGGUAAUUGAAGAUGUAAAUAAGCAUUACAGUAGUAGAUGGAAGGUUAAAGCUGCAAAAUUGCUACAAAAGUAUGUGUUUGGUUCAUGGCCACUGCUUGCACUUCUGGCUACCAUUUUGCUCUUGGCCAUGACUGCAUUGCAAGCAUUUUCCUCAGUUUAUAGCUGCUCUCGGUUCUUCAAUCAUUUCAACACAGACGAGACCUAGCUUGCUGCCUUUCCUUAUUAAUCCUUAAGCAAUAGGUAGUAUUGUUAGCACUAAUAAUUAACUGUAUAGCAAUAUUAUAAAAAAAUUAUAAAUAUAACCAAAUCUAUUUGUGAUAGAUUUAUUGUUGAUGUCCUAUUAGUGAUAUAGUCUAUUAUUGAUGGACUUCUGGAUUUAAAUUUUGGUAUAUCUGCAUCUUUUUAUUUUUUGUUUACUUAUUUUUGUAUUGUGCUACAUAUGUUAAUACUUUGGAUCUUUGUCAUAUUUGU